CAUCAUUAAAUUUCACUGAUCAGUGUUGUUUUUUUAUAUGUAACAAAAUGUAGUAUGAGUUCUUUUGUUCACUUAUAUUCUAGCUGUAAAGUAUGGAAUUACUUACUUACUUACUUACACUUGUUAUUCCCAAUGGAGCAUGGGCUGCUGACCAGUAUUUUUCAACCCACUCUGUCCUAUACCUUCCUUUCCAGUUCUAUCCAAUUGUUGUUCAUUUUUCUCAUGUCUGUCUCCAUUUCUCGGCGUAAUAUGUUCGUUGGCCUUGCGGCUUGCCUUGUGACACAGUUGGGUGCUUUCCUCAAUGUGUGUCAUAUCCACUUCCACGCUUCUUCCUGAUCUCUUCCUCUGGGAUCUGAUUUGUUCUCCCCCACAGUAGGUUGCUGCUGAUAGUAUCUGGCAAACAGUUCGGAAGUAUUUUGCGUAGACAAUUGUUAAUAAACACUUGUAUCCUCUGGAUGAUGGCUUUCGUAGUUCUCCAGGUUUCGGCCCCAUACAGUAAUAAAGUAUGGAAUGGAGUGUUUGAAUUUUGAUUGUUUUUACACUUGGAAAGAAAGUGAACCUUACUAAUCACCA